CCUCGCCUGUGAUUCCUGGAUUUCUUCACUUUACAUUUUGUAAAAGAUGGAGAACUUUUUGGAGAACCUACGCUCAACAUCCAAACCCAAUACACCCACUGUAGUCAUUUCUAAGCUCAUAAUGAUGGCCAUACCCAUUGCAGAGGUUGUAAUCGGAUCUAUGUACCUGGAAAGCUGCCCGGUUCAGAAGUUCAUCCCGAUCUACCUGGUGGUGAAGGGUACCUUCACCGUGUCCCUGACGUUGCUGUCCUGCCUGCCCUGUACCCAGGCACCCGAGGACGGGAGCCAGACCACCCUCAGCAGCGUCUGGCGUAGCGUCAGUUACAUCGUAUUCCUCUUCCUGUUCUGCUGGUUCAUUGCUGGUAAUGUGUGGAUCUAUGCAAACUACGGGCCCAACUAUGACAAUCCAGCUGCCGCAGACUAUUGCCAUAAGACCCUCUAUCUCUUUGCCUUCUGGGUCACCACUCUAUUCUAUAUCAUGUUUGGUGUCUCUUUCUGUUCCGCCUGCUGCCGCGGCUGCUGCGUCGCCAUGAAGAUGUCUGAUGAUACUUCUCCCAGGGCUCAAAGUUAACGUACAGUCCAAUAUGUCUGACCCCGUCACUAUGGGGGCAAAUCAAGCUUGCAAACGUGUGUGGUUUCCUCUUUCCUUCGGCCUCGUGCCUUUCUGUUAUCGAAAGUCAGUUUUUUAUUGGACAUUCGUUUCUCAUAUCUGAAAAGAAAAUCUCGUUGUCAUAUUUUCAUGUGCCACAAGGCUUUGAUUUUCAGUUAAACUGUAUGUCACUGAUUCUUGAGAAAGUGGCUAAAACAGGGUUUCAUUUUGAAAGAAAAAAAGUUAAUCCAAAAUUUAGAGGUAUCUUAUCAUAGACGAAGGUCUUAACAGCAAUCAGACGGUGGUGACAAAAAAGCCUAAAAAAAUGCCUAAAAGUGUAAUUUUGGUAUAAUUUUGGAUUACAAUGAAUAGUACUAUGUCUUAUAAUGUUUCAUUAAAGGUACACAGGAAAUUGUCAAAAAAGGUACUGCAACUAUGCUGCUCAUUGAA